UCUGUUUUUGGGUAACUGGAGAGAUUCUUGGGGUGGGAAGUGGGUGAUUGAAGAAUGGGAAGAUAAAUAGAUACCAAAAGAACACAAUCACAUCAAUAUUAGCAAAACUGUAUAGGACAAGUAGAAGUCCUAGUAGUAGUAGUAGUAUUUUGCAUGAAAAUUGAAAACUAUAAAUAGGGGAAGACCCUCAACAUGCACGACACGCCUCUCUUCACAAUUCUCACACACACACACACACACACACACACACUCUUCCACUUUGUGUUCUUUGAGGUUUGAGAACACCAAAAACAGCUAGCUGUCUAGCUGUGUCUGUAGCUAAGAAGGAGAGGUGGUGGAGGGAAUAUCAUGCCUAGGAACUUGGACCCGCUGGUGGUGGGAAGGGUGGUUGGGGAGGUUUUGGAUCCAUUUACAAGGUCCAUCACCCUCAGCGUUGGCUAUGGUAACAGGGAGGUGACAAACGGCUGUGAGUUUAGGCCUUCUCAGGUUGUGAAUCAGCCUAGGGUUGACAUUGGUGGUGAUGAUCUUCGUACCUUUUACACUCUGGUGAUGGUGGAUCCUGAUGCUCCAAGCCCCAGUGAGCCUAACCUAAGGGAGUACUUGCACUGGUUGGUCACUGAUAUUCCAGCCACAACGACGGCAACGUUCGGUCAAGAAAUCGUUUGUUACGAGAGCCCAAGGCCAUCCAUGGGAAUCCACCGCUUUGUUUUCGUGCUGUUCAGGCAGCUGGGGAGGCAGACGGUGUACGCGCCGGGGUGGCGCCAGAACUUCAACACCAGGGACUUUGCCGAGCUUUACAACCUUGGUUUGCCCGUUGCUGCCGUGUACUUCAACUGCCAAAGGGAGAGCGGUUCGGGAGGCCGAAGAAGACUUCCUUAACACACACCAAAAAAACAAGACCCUAAUGAUGAUCAUUUAGUACGAGAGAAACAAACAACUAUUGAUUGAUCAAAGUACACAAAGUACGUAGUUCAUUGCAGGUUUCCCAAGGUUUAUCAUCUUUAAUUAAUAAGCUAAGAUGAUCAGAGAGAUAUAUGAUCGAGUUAUUUUGGAUGAUCGAUGAUCUUGUGUUACAAAAUUAGCUAAAUUAAGUGUGAAAAAUAAGUUGUAAGGUGGUGUCGAUUAGACAUAUAUAGUAUAGUAAAUAAUGGUGAUGAGAAGGAAGGUGUUAGGGUUUAUGAUGUGCCUUCAAAUUGUAUGGUAACAACUUACGAAUAUUUAUCCUUAUAAAAGGACACCUCAAAAAAAAAAAAAAAAAAUUAGCAUGAUGUUCUUUCUAGGCUAAUAUGAUCAAUUGUUGAAUAUAUUGUGCUCCAUUGUACAUCUGUACUACUAAAAGGCAAUGUCGAGUAGCAUAUACGUUGUAGACCCCAGAAUAUCAUAUGAUUUGUGAUCAUAUGGAGUUCCACGAUGUUGCAUAUAUAGAACUUGUC